AGUCCGACAGCUGACGAGGGAGUAGCUGGAGGGUGGGAGCGAGCAAGGGGAUUAAAAGGGAAAACGUAGGAGAAGAGAGAGAACGGAGGAAGAGAGAAAAGGAGAGAAGAGCGGCGCGCACGAGAAAGAGAAGAGAAGAGCGACAGGCGAUUCAUGGGACUAUCGCCUCUUUACUAGUAACACGAAACGGGCAAACACACCCUUCGACGAACCCGUGACGACUAAAAGACUGGAAGACGACACUUUUCUCCUUUAGCCAUGGCGCCUCCCUCCUCUCCUCCUCUUUCGUCCUCGACAACCUCGGCCUCCUUUGAUGCACCGAUGCAGCAACGGCAUGGCAUUCCCUUUCCCCAAUCGGGUAACAGCCCUCCUCACAGCCCACGCAGGCGUGCCGCUGCUGCUGCUGCUGCUGCUGCCCCUUUCGCCACCACCCAAGGCCUGUCGAGCGCUGGCGCAGGACGGCCGGGAGGAGCGGACACUGUCAGCACAGCGCCUUCUGCCUGGCGUCAUCACCAGCACACCUCGUCGCAGUCUUCCGUCUCCUCAGCGUCGUCUUCGUCCUCGGGCCCCACGCGAGGCGCCUCGUCGGAUGCUGGUCACUUUGUUGCGCCUAGGACGCCCGCAUCGGCCGAGCUGCCCAGGCGAUCGACGCACCAGCACUCACCCACAGCCACCGCCGGGAGCGGUAGCACUGGUCAACGAGGGGCGGAACUAGCCGUUGCUUCCUCAUCGGCGAUCAGUGGCGGCAGCCUGCCAAGCAUCAGAAAUCUGUUGAGCACCUUGUCACAGGACCCCGGCGCUCCGAGGCAUCUCAGCUCCGUCAACAGCGCAUCAACCGCGGCCUCGAUGAGGCGAUCUCCCAGCGCACCGGACUUGGGCCUGCGGUCAGACGCCGGACCGUCGGCGCAGGCACUGUCCUCGCUGCCUUCUUCUUCAUCUUCAUCAUUAUUAUCAUCAGGAUCGAUGGAUGAUACGGAAAUGUCCGACGCCACGGCAAUAAAUGCCCACCCUCGUGCUCACCCCUAUGUCCCUCCUCAUGCCCAUCCGCGGUCGCAUCUUCGAUCAUUGACGCAGGUCGAUCCCCGCCAACGGUCCUGGUCGACCGUGCUUUCGCCGACUGUCGGCGCUGUUGGGGCGACAGAGAGAUCUUUUAGCCCGUCACGGCGGCCGCCGCUGUCGCCUUCAGCUUUUGCACACGGUAUCGGUCUCCAACCCAUGACACCGCAGGUACCACUAGUACAAACGCAGGUCGCGAGUCGCUCAAGCAGACCCAAUACAGCCUCGGUGGACGAGCGAAAGACCCGCACUUCGCCCAUGCAUGGGCAGCAGUCGCCCUCCUCGCCCACCAUGGCCCUCAUCGACGAUGAAUCUUCGUCGAGCAGUGGCAAACGAAGCCCUCCCGAGACGCAUGCACACCUGCCUCCCUCAGUACGUCGGCGUCACACCGUCGGCGCUCUUGAUGAGCCUACUGAGCUCCACAGGAGCCACCAGCACCAGCAGCUGUCAGCUGCAGCACCGUCCUCGCCUCUUCGACACGGCCAGCAUCAGCAUCGAACCUACCAUACAACACCGCCCCACAGGCUUCCACUCACACCCAGGGCAGAGAUGGAGCUGGCACCCCUACCCGAUAGCCCCACAACGCCCACCGCUCUGCCACGACAGCAGCAGCAGCAGCAGCAGCAGCAGGCAACCCCACAUGGCUACGCUUACCGCUCUCAUCAAGCACAAGCACAUGCUCAUGCACAAGCUCAUGCACAAGCUCAUGCACAUGCACAAGCACAAUCAAGAGGCUAUCCAGCGUCACGCUUUUACAUGAACACGAUGCUGCCCUCGGCUGGGUCGAUGCCGUCCCUCAGCUCUUCGUCGUCGCUCUCACUUGGGAGCGACCGCGCCAGGUUCGACUCGCUCGAAGGACCAAGGUCGUCGGGCAUGGAGCGUAGAUUCACCUUCAGCACCGCCUCGCAGCAGAGCAUAAACAGCGAGGUCGCCACGACGACGUACGCCACCAGCCCCUCAUCGUCGGUCUGGCACAGCCGGUCCUCGACGCUCGACUCUAUCGAGGCUCCUUCGUCCAUGUCGUCCUCUGACCACAAGUCGCUGCCUAUGCCGCCGCCUCGGUCAUCAAGCCUGGCUUCAGACAUGACGAUGCCUCCAAGGACACCACACGAGGGCCUGCGGAACAAUCACGACCCAUAUGCUCCUUCAGGCCUGUACGGUCACCAGCAUCACGCACUUCAGCAGCCGCGCGACCACGACCACCAUCAACAGCAGCAGCAGCAUCAGCAGGACAAUUAUCUCUAUCCAGGCUCGGAGGCGCAUGCAUCUGCUGUUAGCCGACCUCGAGCAAAGACAAUGGCGUUUGCAGACCGUCCUAUAGCACGACUGCCUUCGCAUGCUCAGCACCUCUACAUGCAGCAGCAGCAACAGCAGCAUCAACAGCAGCACAUGCAGCACAUGCAGCAGGUUCAGCAGCACCAGUUCCAUGGGCAAUUGCUGCGACAAAUGGAUUCGUCAUAUAACCAUCAACAGCAGCAUCUCGGCGAAACUCACAGUCUCCCGCAGCGCGUCUCGUCGAUGAGUCUCGGCAACAAGCCUUCCACGUCACAGCAGCCAUGGAAGGGAGCGCAGCAGGUCGUCGCCCUGGUUGGCGUAGGCCAAUACAAGUAUGCUUGCCCGCACUGUGACAAACGCUUCUCCAGACCGUCCAGCCUCAAGAUCCAUGUUCAUUCGCACACGGGCGAGAAACCGUACAAGUGCUCCAGACCAGAUUGCCGACGCGGCUUCAGCGUGCAAUCAAAUCUCCGUCGGCACGAGAGGAACCAUGACGAAAAGGAGGCAGCCGCAGCCGCAGCCGCCGCAGCGACGCGGUCAGCCGAUCUCUCAAUGACCCACGCGCCAUCAGCGAGGGAGAUGAUGCAGCGCCAUCAUGCGCCGCCCCAACAUCAUCACGGCUACCGCGGGGCGCCUCCUCUUCCGCCCGUUCACCAUCCUUACUCUCGUCAAUCGCUCCAGGGAUCACACCGCUCCCAGAGCAACCCUAAGCCCCAUGCCUUGAUGGCAAUGACGACGAAAAAGGGCACGAUGACCUCGCAAGACCAUCCUUCGCAAUCAUCUCUCUAUUCUCAGACGAGCCAAGGCCGUCGUCACGAAUCCUUCUCGUCAAACAAUGACGACAUGACUGAUCCGAGCGAGUCAGGUGUCGGUAAGGUUGAUGAGUGGGAAGAUGAAGAAGAUGAGAUUGGAGUGGAAUCCGACGACCCCAACGAUGCCAUGUCGGAAUCCGACUCCAGACUGAGCGCCGCGGCCGGCCUCUCUGGGCUCCUCAACCCGGUCCAGCGCAGGAGCAGCGGCGACAGUGGCCACACGCCUACCUCUUCUCACGGCAUCAUCAGCACCACACCCUCUUCGACUUCGACUUCCACCUCCACGAUUUCUUGAGUUUGAACAGACAGAAUUCAACCCAUCCAUGUACUGUAACAUAGCCCCC